AUGGCUGAAAUUGAAGUUCCUCAAUUUUUCGUUUGUCCCAUUUCGCUUCAGAUCAUGAAGGACCCUGUGACGACCAUUGCAGGCAUAACAUACGACAGAGAAAGCAUCGAGCACUGGUUGCUAACUGCAAAAGAUUGUGUGUGUCCUGUUUCAAAGCAACCAUUACAAAGAAACUCAGAGUUCUUGACACCUAACCACACACUUCGAAGGCUAAUCCAAGCAUGGUGCUCUUCAAACGCAGUCAAUGGAGUUGACCAGAUUCCAACCCCGAAAUCCCCUUUGGAAAAGACUCACGUUGAGAAACUUGUCAAGGAUCUCGAAAUUCCACGCUUCUUUCUAAUGUCAUUGGAAAAAUUGCAUGAUCUAGCAACAGAGAGUGAGAGGAACCGAAGGUGCAUGGCUUCAUCAGGUGUAGCCAAAGCUAUGGUUCACUUGAUUACAAAGAGUUUCAAGCAAGGUAACACAACGAGCCUUGAAGAAUCUCUGAGAAUUCUUCGUCUACUCUGUAGUUCAGACAUGGUCGACAACAUGAAACACUUGGUUGGUGAAAACUUUGACUUUCUCAACUCGUUGACUUGGAUUUUGCAACUUGAAAUGGAUAACGAUGUCAAGAUGAUAAACGAAGCAAUGCCUAUACUGAAAUUGGCAAUUGAAGUCAAAGAUUCAACCCCUUUAGGAAAUUUAAAGCUUGAAUUCUUCAGACCAAUUGUAAGUGUAUUAAGAAAUAGAGCAAUCUCUCAACAUGCUAUUAAAUCUGCGUUGCAUGUACUUAUAGAAACGUGCCCUUUAGGUAGAAAUAGGAUGAAGAUUGUGGAAGCAGGUGCAGUAACAGAACUCAUUGAGCUUGUACUUGAAAAACAGGAAAAGAACUUAACCGAACUCAUGUUUAUCCUUUUGGCUCAUUUGUGUUCUUGUGCUGAUGGGAGAGAACAGUUUCUGCAACACGCAGCGGGUAUUGCAGUGCUUUCUAAAAGGACAUUAAGGGUUUCACCAGCAACAGAUGAUCGAGCUCUGCAUAUAUUUUCCUUAAUAGCUAAGUUUUCAGCAACAAAUGACGUUGUUCAAGAGAUGUUGAAGGUUGGAGCUGUGUCAAAGCUUUGUAUGGUGAUGCAAGCAGAUUGUGCUUCCUAUUUGAAAGAAAAAGCUAGAGGCAUCCUUAGGUUACACUCCAAAGCAUGGAACAAUUCUCCUUGUAUUCAAGUAUAUUUGUUAACCAGAUACCAAAGGUGA